UAAUGAAAUAAACCCUUGAAGAAUGAGGCAGGGUCUUUUGGGUCUUUUUGACUUGCGAGUUUAACUCAGACAAUACAACCCAGAUUGCUGCAUAAGGUACAAAUGAAAUUGAUCGGAAUCGAAUCAAAUUGAAGAACUCCGGACUGCCGGCCGAGACUGGGGGGGACUGAAGAAGGAAGAUUUUAGCAAUGGCGAUUGGCUCCAUUUUUCGUCAGAUGUCUAAAUCUCAUAGUUUCAGUUCAACAUUUCAGAAACUUAGAAACUUCAACACCCUUCCUACUACUCCUCACCACCCAAAACCCCGCAUAAACCCUUCUCAAGGGAGGUCAAUUUCCAGCCCUGCUGAAACUCUUGCUGGGUUUGCGGAGAUGGUUUCUGGGCCCCAAAAGAAAUACAAUUUGUUUAGUGAUAGAGGAGGUUUUGGUGAAAUAAGUCGUGUUGCAUCUACUGCUGGAAAAAUCGCUGACCACAACAACCCACCUUAUGGAAUUUCUACCUAUCCUGCUUUGCCUGGUGACUCUUCUGACCAGUUCACGAAUGGAACAUCUCUUCUUCCGAUUCAAGGAAUGCAUUCUCCGUUGCUAUCACUUGAGAUAACCUCUGAAAACACAAAGGAAGAUAAUGAUGAUAGUGUCAAAGAUUUCAAAGGCAGCAUGAGCUUUGGAAUGCUUUCUCAGCAGGAAGAAAUGAAACUUGGAGAGCUAUUGGUCACUCUUCCACCUGGUCUACAUGAAGCACUCGAUGUUGAAGAGGCAUUUUAUGCAGCUGCUAGAUCAUUAUCCCUAGAUGCUAUUCUUGAGUACAGUUAUAUUGCACAGAGCGGUAAAGCGAGAACCAUUAAAUGUGCUACCAAAAAGAUCAAAUUUGCCAAACAACGUAAAGGAAGCAUGAAAGGGAUAUCGCACCGAGGGAAUUUUGUGGCCUUUGGCAACUAUGCUCUUCAAGUACUCGAACCAGCUUGGAUCACAUCCAAACAAUUAGAAGCAGGUCGUCGAGCGCUAUCAAGAAUCGUAGGCCGUGCUGCCAAAAUAUGGGUACGAGCUAUCUGUGACAAACCAGUGACAACAAGACCUGCUGAAACGCGUAUGGGAAGAGGGAAAGGAAACGUGUCAUUUUGGGUAGCUGUUGUUCAACCAGGUCGAAUACUUUAUGAAGUUAGUGGAGUAUCAGAAAGUAUAGCCAAAAAGGCAAUCACAGUGGCAGCAUCAAAAUUGCCUGUACACACUCGAUUCAUUAUCGCGGCAUAAGAAUGAUAAAGUUAGAGCCAAGAUGCAGGAGUUUGGAAGAAUUGCUAACUUUUUAUUUUCGAGGAGCAAAUUUUACUUUUUAAGUCUUGGUUCUUUGCUUCUCAAAACCUCUUCCUUGUUUUCGCUUUUCCAUCUGUUGUUUUCAACAGCUUGUGGUUUAUAAUCAUUAGGAAGUACUGUUCCUUUUCACUUCUGUUAUAGUUAUUCGAAAUUUUGACUCCUCCCGCUCUUAUUUUUGUUGGGUAUUCGGAUUACAUACUACUACAUUAUUCAUCAGAAAACGUAGUUAUCAGUCAUUAACAUGUGAA